AAAAUAAAGGCGUGAGUGAGGCGGCCAUCAAGUCUUAUCGACCACCACCUCAUAGUCAUUUAUCUUUGCUCUCAUUUCUUGUGCUACAUAUCCUCUGCUGCAGACAUUUCCACCAUUCUUGUGCAAUAACCAUGAGGUUCAGGGGUCACCUGUGGAAGGGAUCUACAUUCCCCAGGCUGGUUUAUUCCACAAGCUCAUCCCAUUGCCAAAAAUGUUUUUCAAUGCUCAGAUUCCCACUUCCAUCCACAUACCCUAGAUGACUUUGAAAUUGUAAAUUACUUCGCCACCAAAGAAGCCAUAGCAAGCAGUUAGAUAUAAGAUGGAGGGAAGUUGUGACUCUCAGAACCCACUGUUUUCCCGUGAUAUGUCCAACACCGUUCAUGCUAAUGUUAAUCAUGCGCUGGAGCUUGAUGAAUCUCAGGACAUCAGUGAGCCCUCGUCAUUGAACACAGUUCCUGUUGCUGUCGACACUGAGCCGUCCCACACACCUGGGCCACACGUGCCUGAUGUCCCUUUGUCAUCUCCAGUGCAUAAUGUUGAGGAAGACUCCCAAGUGCAGAAUAAUGUAACAGAGAAAGGUGAGGGAUCAGAUACUAAGCCUGCAUCUGUUAAUGUUGGAGAUGGCACUUCUGUGACCCAAAGCAGUUCUACAGCUGCAGGACCUCGCAUGAGCCACAGUCGAGGAGCCAGUCAGAUCUCAUCAUGUGAAGCAUCUGUUGGCCGUAUGUCUAGCCGGGACUUGUGUCACAGUCGUGGAGCCAGCACAGAUGGGUCGUUAAUGGAUGCUUAUGGAUCUUCAGCUACAGACAGCCGCAGAGGAACUUACAGUGAAGCUGGAACACUGCCUAUUGGUUCAACAAUAAUAGAAGAAAACCCUCAAGGCAUGGACAAGGCACCUGACGAGAAGAAGCUCUCUAACAGUGAGGAUGCUGAUACAAAAUAUUCUCACAAGCUGAUCUCAUCAUGUUAUUGUUGCAAGUCCUUCUUAAGGAGCCAUCAUGAACUACCAGAGCAUCCAACAGUUUCGGAGCUCAUGAAGUAUUCCUUCACUUGCCCUCCCCAUGGAAAAGUGGGGGACUGUCUAAUAUGGAUAGUGGUUGGUUUGUCAUUCUGGGGCAUCCUUGUUGCCAUUACUGGAGAAUUGGCUCUUCCUGGUGGUAACUUCUUCAAUCUACUGGUUCUCUAUGUGGUGGCAUUGGUUGCUGGUUUCAUGGCCAACUUCAUAGGCUUACCCCCAUUGCUCGGUAGCCUUGUGGUGGGCAUACUUUUCAGCAGUGUGCCAGUAAUAAAUGUUGUUGGACAUAACAUUGAUACCUAUUGGUCAUCUGCUUUAAGGAACAUUGCACUUGUAAUUAUAUUAAUACGUGCUGGAUUAGGACUGGACCCUGUGGCCUUAAAAAAGUUAAGCUGUACUGUAAUACGCUUGGCAUUCCUUCCUUGUUUAAUAGAAGCCACAACGAUGGGCAUCGUAUCUACGUUCUUCCUCGGUCUUCCAUGGAGUUGGGGUUUUAUGCUUGGGUUUAUUGUUGCCGCAGUAUCUCCAGCAGUGGUAGUUCCAAGCUUGUUAAAGUUAAGUGAACAAGGUUAUGGGGUGGACCAGGGCAUCCCUACUCUGAUCAUUGCAGCAGCAAGCAUUGAUGAUGUGUUGGCCAUUACUGGCUUCAGUGUUUUGUUGGGAUUAACAUUUGCUGAAGGUUCUUUAAUUUGGACAAUACUAAAGGGUCCUGUUGAGAUCCUUUUGGGGAUCAUAUAUGGCAUUUUCUUUGGGUUGUUGUGUUGGUUUGUGCCUUAUAAGGAAAAAAGGAAUCGAGCAGUAUACAAGUUUAUAAUCGUCUUCUGUCUUGGUGCUUUGGGUAUGUUUGGGAGCCAUAAGGUUGGAUUGGAAAGUUCUGGGCCAAUAGCAGUAUUGGCUUUUGCUUUCGUUGCUGGUUUAGGCUGGCGUAGACCAGGCAAGGAGGACCCUGAUGUAGGUGUUUACUACCGGUUUGUGUGGAAGAUCUUCCAGCCAAUGCUCUUUGCUUUAAUUGGAACGGAAAUUGAUGUUGCAGCAAUAGACCCUGAUACUAUUGGCUGGGGUCUAUUGGCUGUUGUAAUCAGCCUUUCCUUCAGAAUUCUUACCUCAUUUGUUGUAGUGAUGGGAGCUGCUUUCACCAUAUGGGAGCGUUUGUUCAUUGCCAUUGCAUGGCUUCCCAAGGCUACUGUUCAGGCUGCCAUUGGAUCUCAAGCUCUAGAUUAUGUACGACUUCAUAAUGGCGAGGAUGAAGAUAUAAUACGAGGCGAGAAGAUUGUUACUAUAGCUGUCAUGGUGAUACUAGUGACUGCACCUUUGGGAGCCGCAGCAAUCAAACUCACAGGUCCAAGGUUCCUCGCCAAAAAAUUGCCAAAUCUAUCAUUAAUGAGUGAUCCUGAAGCUACUGUGUAAGAAUUUUUUGGGAAAGUAAUUUUAAUAUUUUUUUUUUAAACAUGUUUAUCGUUGAGGGGUUAAGAUGGAAAUGAGACUUUUGUAUGUUCUUACCACUAUCUUUUAUUGGACUAACAAUAUAUUUACUAGUAAAUUGUCUCUCUGUUAAUUUAUUUUUGGCUGUUGCUUUACAUAGUUUUUAUAGGCAAUAAGUAUCUUUUAAAAAAAAAUUUUUGGAAUGUAGUGCACUAUUAAAUUUCAUAGAGAUUAAAGUAGAUUCUUUUAUUGUGAUAAAGGCUGAUUUGAUAAAAAAACUUAUAAAUACAUUUUCAUAUGUAUAACAGACUGCCAUUUGUGUGUAAUUGUGUGAAUGAUGUACAUGUAUAUAUAUUAUAUACAUAAUUAACUGAAAGAAAAUUCCUAAUACUACACUGAAGAAAAGGCACAUUGUGCAGAAGAAAUGAAAAGUUGUCGAAACAAAAGCCCAUUUUUCACUGUUGUAAGUGAUACACUGUUUACAUUCAGACUCCUAAUAGAGUAUCAUCAUUGCCUAAACAGUUCACAACAAUCUGCAUAGCUACAAACAUUUCCGAACAGUAGUACAAUUUUAUAAAUUUAUUAUCAAUACUUUCUCAAAGGAGUUGAGAGUGCUUGCCCCCUUUUAAAUAUUUAAUAUGUAACAGCUAGAUAAUCAGUUUAUUAUUUAAUGAUUGAUUAAGGGGUUAGGCAGUCCAAAUCACAAAAUAAAGUUAAAAUAGAUUGACCACUUUAACCUUUUCAAAAUUCUAACCCUCUUUUAUAUAUCUGUUUUACCAGUAUGAGAUGUCAAAAUGCUCGUAAUACUGUACUUUAACAAUAUAUCUAGCACCAUUUUCUAUUAUAUGCUGUGGAGACUAAACUUGAGCAUUUUUAUAUUUUCGUAAGUUUUUAUUCUGAAUUUUAUGCUGUAAAGAAAUUUGCUGGAUAAGGUUUACAGUGCUUUUGCAGGUAAACUGUCAUAAAGUGUGAGGCAGCUUCCAGUGUGUCUUUGGACAUCUUUUGAAAUAAUAUUUUGCUCAGUAGAUGCAUACAACACUGCAAUGCAAUCUUUUUUAAUUUUCUGUAAAUUUUAUGUAAUUAAUAAUUUCUCCUAGACAAUACAGUUAAUCUGUAUAAUGUAAAGUUUAGCUUAGGAAUACUGUACUUAAUAUUUAUCAAUAUGUUUAUGGCACCUAUAAAUUCAAGUACAUUCUCUGAAAUUUUGUCAUGCAUUAUAUGUAAUGAAGCCUCUGCUUCAUUUUCCAAAGAAUCUGUGAAACAUUAAAACAUCAAUUAUGGCCAUGUAGUAUACAUAAGGCCUUUCACUGUUAUUUUCCAAAGAUUCUGAAUAUUUUUUAAAUCAGGCACUUUCAAUGUCAACUGACAUUUUACUCUUUUCUUUCUGUCAUGAAUAUACUGUAAGGCUGUAGUAAAUCUUACUAAUUGCUACUUAAAUUCAGUGUAUGGUACUCAGAGUUUUGCUCUUCUGUGUUCCUUAAUAGUUGUUGUUCCUAUAAUGUUUCCUCUACAAUUCAUGAGGCCUGGUCUAAAACCAGACUAGAGGCAAUGAUACCUAGGACCAUUAACAUAACAUACCCCUAAUAAAGUAAUUCACUUUUCUUUAUUUGGGUGAUGGUUUCUACAUUGCUUUGAAACAAAUCAACAUCAGCUUUUAUGUCCAAGAUUUCAGUGCCUGUAAAAGCUACAGAACUCCCAACACUGUACUACAUUAUUUCUUCACUAAUUUCUUGGUGCACAUGCCUGUGAGCAUAUGCUUACCAACACCAAACAUUUUUAAAUUCUUAAUUCCACAUACUAUAGUACGUGUUAUUCUUAAAGUUAGUUUUUUUUUUUUUUACAAUUAAAGCUUAAUUAUAUAUUUUUUCUAAUGAACAGAUAUGUACCCUAUUAAUGUGUGGUUUUCUAGGUGGUUACCAAAAUCUGUCCAUCCUCUGUAAAUCUGACCUAAACCAAUCUUCAUAUGGCCAUAGCAAUACUUAAAACUUUAGCUGCUCUGCAGUGAUACAUUUAGCUUCUCUGCAGUUACUGGUGAUGUUGUACAUUAACUGUUCUAUGGGGAAAAAGGAUUAUCUGGAGUCGCUCUUCAGAAAUGAUUAUCCUAAUACAUAGAAUGUCCAGACUAAUACUUUUGGAAUUUUCUGAUAGUUAAUUUUAUAUUUGCCUUGAUGCUGGUUACUCUUAUUGCAACCAUUAAGCUGAUCAGAAACUUGCUCCACAGGGUUUUUCUCUUCAGUUCCAUAAUUCAUCCUUAUGUCAAAAUCCCUCCACUCAUAGGAAACUCUAUAUCCACGUUUUUCCUGGCCUGCUCAUUUUCUCAAUGCAGCACCUAGGGUUUAACAUGUUGUUAGUUUGCAAUUUAUUCAUACUAGUUUUGGCAUUCUGUUUUAUCAAAGUUGAUUUUUUUUUGUUAUCAGUUCAUUUUAUCAUUAAUGAUCAUUAUAAAAUAUUGUACUAUCUAAUGUAAAGGCAGAAUUCUCAUUUAAAGACACCAUUUAUAUUUUUGUUUCUCUCCCCAACAAGCCGGCCGUCUCUUGUAUGUACUACGUGUGUAUAUAAUUAAUGCAUUACUGUACUAAACAACCCUUUAUGAUUAUUGUAAAUAUUUGUACUUUAUGCUGUAACUAUCCACUGUUUAUUUUUAAUGUUUAUUAUAAUUUUCAUAUAAUUAUAGGCUAUUACAAGCUAAUCUCUAUUUAUGUGUUUUGAUAGCUAUAUACAAUAUGUACAAAGAUUUAUGAUAACUGCAAUUAUUGAUAGACUGUUAUUUGUACUAACUUUGUAUAUACUCUAAAUUACAGUGAUAUAAGUAGUCAUUGUAAUUUGCAGAAUUUGUGUAGUUUUUCUAAAAUUUGUUGGAUCAAGUCUUUUAUGUUGUGUAAUUUUUGUCUGGAGAUUUUUAUGAAGAUGAUUAUUCAUGACAUCAGCUGGCAUACUGUACAGAAGAUGCAUGUAGGUUAUUAUCAUAACUACAAGAAACUUUAUACAGUCAGAGUACAUGUAUAUGUAUUUUGUUAUAUGUUGGACAAUAUUUAAGCGAGCUCAAAGCAGAAUACCGUGUACUUGUGUUCUGUGAGCUUAGUAACUGGUUUAUUGGAAUCUGUUAAUCUGUCCAUCAGCCAUACUUCAUUCCUGGCUGUGUGUGUUGGUGCAUAUGCUGACUACAUGUAAUACAAGAGGUCUCCAACUUGUAAAAAUCCUUAGUUACACAUUAGAACUUAAAAAUGAGGCAUUAAACCUUUAAACUGGGCAUAACUUAAUACAUAAUAUGAGAGGCAUUGCAUGGCAGAAAAGAAUAAGUGCCAUGAUGGCCAAAAUCCAGAUUAGUGACUGAAUAGAUUCCUUAAUGUUUUGUCUGUUUGUGGGAAUGUGUAGAUAGUGUCUUUUUGUAUCUGUAAGUUAGGCUCAGGGCUUCAUAACAAAGUAUGGUAACUUGAGCUUUGUAGUUCCAGUCUCCCCUACAUUUCUGUUUUUCUUCAUUCUUUGAAUUUGGUGGUGCUGCUUCUCUGCUGUGCAGUGCCUCGUAUACACUCAGUGGCUACUGUAUUAGGUACACCCUUCUUAUAAUGGGCAGGGCAUCCCUUCCCUCAUUGCCCCCAGAACAGCCUGAAUUCCUAUUGGCAUGGAUUCAAGGUACUGGAAACAUUCUUAAGAGAUCCUGAUCCAUGUUGGCAUGAUAGCCUCACGCAGUGGCUGCAGAUUUGUUGGCUUCACACUCAUGCUGCGAAUCUCCCUUACCACUUUAUGCCAAAUUCUGACCCUACCAUCUGUAUGUUACAGCAAAAAUCAUGAUUUGUCAGACCAAGCAAUGUUUUUCUAAUCUUCAGCCCUCCCGUUUUGGUGAGCUUGUGCCCUUUGUAGCCUCAGUUUCCUGUUCUUAGCUGACAGGAAUGGAAAACGCGGUGUGGUCUGCUGCUGUACCCAAUCCACUUCAAGAUUCGAUGUGUUGUGCAUUGCAGAAGAGCAUCUGUCUUCUGCAAAGCACUGUUAUAAUGCAUAGUUAGUUUUGUACUGUUACCUGCCUGUCAACUUGAACCAGUCUAGCCAUUCUCCUCUGACCUCUCUCUCAUUAACAAGGCAUUUUCACCCACAGAACUGCUGCUCAUUGAAUGUUUUGUAUUCUUUUACACCAUGUGUGUGUGAAAAUCCCAUGAGAUCAGCAGUUGCUGAGAUACUCAAUCUGCGCCAUCUGACACCAACAGUCAUUCCAUGGUCAAAGUCACUUAGAUGACAUUUCUUCCCCAUUCUGAAGUUCAGUCUGAUUAACAACUGCUUGUUGACCAAUACUGCAUGCUUUCAGGCAUUGAGGUGCUGCAACAUUAACUAGCAGGUGUAUCAUAUAAAGUGGCCUCAGAGUGCAGGCACUGCCCUUCCCACCUCCAGGACUCGGUUUCUCUUAACUGGUUUUUCUGAAUCCCUUGUUCAGAGGUCCCUUGCUCACACUUCAAAUCCUAGUAAUACACUUAAAUUUCCACAGCUUGAUAUUUUAGACUUUCAAACAACUUCUGGGGUUGUGCUUAACCUUGUAUCCCCUAGAAAAGAAUCCUGGCCCAUGUGCAUUAUGAUGGAGUAUUGAACUAUGGGACUACACAAGACCAGUACCCCAUGUGAUACCAUGUUACCGAGACUCGGUAAUGUGAGUCAGAUUAAGAAGAUUCCUGUGUAUAGUGACAUAGGUAGUAGCAAUGAAAGUUACAGUCAACUAAUGAAUUUCACCAAAAAUGCUGUGAAGAAUUUCACAAAUACACCUACCAUCCGACUUACGACCGAGUUCGGUUCCGAGAAACCGAUCGUAAGUCGAAAUGGUCGUAAGUCGAACUUUACUACUGAAUAUCAACAAAAAAAAUUUGUAAUAACUUUAUUUUAUUGUUUUAUUUUGGUAUUUCAUGUUUUACUUUACUUUUUAUGUUGUUAGUACUCUAUUUUAUACUGUAAGGUUUAGGAUAAACACUGUGUACAACACAAAUAGUUGUUUAUUUCCCAGAAAUUUGGCAUAAAAAACACGGUCGUAAGUCGAGUGGUCGUAAGUCGGAUGGUAGGUGUAUAAAAUUAUAUGAGAGAAGUGAUGCAGAUACUAUCUGUCUACCACAAAAUACUGUAUAACGAGUCCCACAGCCUCCCUUACUAUUUAAUGUCUUCCUCCACUGAAAAAAAGGUAGUUACUUCAUUAUAUGAUAGUCUCCAUGCAAUAACUUGUGAAUGCCUCAUCUGAUUGGCUUCAAAUCUUCAAUGCUGAUUUUUUUAGCACACUUGCAGUCUCCCACCAAGGCAGUGUGACCCAAAAAAGAAAAUUUUAUCAUUCACAAUAUCACUAUCUUGCCAGAGGUGUGUAGAUAUGACAGUUUAGAUGUCACUUCAAACAGCAAAUAUCUCACUCUUUUAAAAUGCAGGCACUGUACUCCCACGUCCAGGACUCAAGUCCGGCUAACUGGUUUCCCUGAAUCCCUUCACAAAAUAUUACCCCACACAGUGCUGAUAUUUAAUUGUAAUAAAAACCUAUUUUGUAGGUAGUAGGUUGGUAGACAGCAACCGCCCAGGGAGGUACUACCGUCCUGCCAAGUGAGUGUAAAACGAAAGCCUGUAAUUGUUUUACAUGAUGGUAGGAUUGCUGGUGUCUUUUGUCUGUCUUAUAAAUAUGCAAAAUUACAGGUACGUCUUGCUACUUCUACUUACACUUAGGUCACACUACACAUACGUGUACAAGCAUAUAUAUACACACCCCUCUGGGUUUUCUUCUGUUUUCUUUCUAAUUCUUGUUCUUGUUUAUUUCCUCUUAUCUCCAUGGGGAAGUGGAACAGAAUUCUUCCUAUGUAAGCCAUGCGUGUCGUAAGAGGCGACUAAAAUGCCGGGAGCAAGGGGCUAGUAACCCCUUCUCCUGUAUAUAUUACUAAAUUUAAAAGGAGAAACUUUAGUUUUUUCUUUUGGGCCACCCUGCCUCGGUGGGAUAUGGCUGGUAUGUUGAAAGAAAGAAGGAGAAACCUAUUUUGUACUAUACUUUAGCUCUUGUGGUUUAGCGCUUCUUUUUUUAUUAUAAUAAUAAUAAUAAUAAUAAUAAUAAUGUAUACUAUACUUUUGUUCCCUUAAAGGAGGUUCUGUAUUGCAGUGAUGGGCUUUUGAUCCAAGGAAUUUGAUCUGACUUCUGUUUCCUUAUAUCUAACCUGAAUGCCUUCUAGUCCCCCAGGUGCUGUAUGACCCCAAUGGGUUUCAGCACUCCUCCAUUAAUAUAGGAACAUUCAUUUUUCAUGCAUUGAGGUAGAGGUGGGUCUGGGCUGGUGGGAUCCUGGAAUACCAUUCUCAGAUUGCAGUGACCAAAAUACUUCUAGUUCAAAAUGCUACCCACAGCAAGCAAGACUGUCAAGCUCAGACCUGUGCACAGUUUAAGGGUUAAGAACCAACAACUGAGCUGCAUUAUAUAACGUCCUAUUGUUUCCUAUACAGACUCUCGUAAAUUGAAAAACCACGAAUGCUGCAUGUAAGUUGGGACUUCCUGUUUUACACUGAAUUCAGUGCAGCAAUUAGCAUCAACUUAUUGUUGCCUGUAUCUCCCAUGCAUUUCAGUGCUAUACAUUGUAAACUUGAUAUUAUGUACAUUAACAAUAAUUGUAUAAUCAAAUAAGCCGCUAAACCCAAAAGGGGCUUUUAUGUGUAUUAAAACGCUAGGUUGUGCUUUCUGCUCAGGAUGUCAAUUUUUUCAUAACUGAAUAUUAUUCUCUAGUUUUUGUACUUACAUGUGUGUCUAGUAACCCAAAUCAGUCUAAUAGGCCAAACUGUAAUUUUUUUUUAAAUACAUAUUUGUUUUCCAGUAAAUAAAUAUUUACAAUUUUUAAAUUUAGCAUUAUAGCUUGACAGUCUGACCUAGCAAUACAUAAAUAACCUGCAUGUGGGAGACAAACUUAUUACGGUGUUUCAGUCCAACUUGGACCCGUCUUCUACAUGCAGGUUAUUUGUGAAUUAUUCUAGCCACGGUACUGUGACUUUUUAUUCUUCAGUCGGACCUAAUUUUGCAUAAAUUAAUAUACUUUUGUUACUGGUGAUCCUACCCAACCUGUCAAAAGUCAGCCUAAAUUUAGUGUUAAAAUUAAUGAAAUAGUACACGUCAAAUUUUAAUAUGAUUUUCAAAGAACUACACCAAAAAAUUUCUACACACUCGGCUAAUUCAGCAAAGUGAAUCUUUACUAAAUUAGCAGAAUCAGCAAGUUUCGCUUUAGUAACACGUACUUACAAACCUAUAGUAGGUGUCAUAUAUGUAUGCUCAUAAAUACUCCUUAAGCAGACUAUUUGCUGACAGUUUCAAGAAGUAACAAGGCAAAUUUUGUAUGAUAAUGCUCCUUGCCAUACUGCCGAAGACAUACAAUACUGGCUACACGACUGUGAUAUCUCAUUCUGUAUUGAUGGCCUGCUAACUCAGCAGACUUAAAUCCAAUGCAACAUGUGGAACUUUAUUAAGCCCAAGCUUCAUGGCAUGGACAUGUCCAUUAUCUCCAAACUCUUGAGUGCCUUUUAGCAGGUAUGGGAGGGUGCUGGCUCUUCUAUCCUCCAUAAUGUAAUCUUAUGACAUAAGGGGUUCAUCCAGUGGCAUGGUAAAUCAUGAGAAAUACUUGGCAAGAUGAAUAUCCCUUACAUAUUUCAGUAUUUUAAAGCAGUUUAUGGCAAGUGUUCUCAUUAUCUUUGUGAUGAGUUUAUACUCAUGCAUAUGUAUGACACCUACUGUAUGUAGAUGCAUUUUAUAGCAAGUUACUAUAUGUCAAAGGUUCUUGUUGAUAGACAUGUGGCCUAGUUUGUUUGUAUGUGCAUAUUUGUUGAACUGUUAUGAGCAGCAGAAAACUUAUUGAAUUACUUACUAUGUUUCAAAUGCUUCUCCUCGAUUUUUAAUAAUAAUAAUAAUGUAAUCAGAUUACAUACUAGACCCAUACCAAGUCAUACAGUGCUUCAGUUAGGAAUAUAUAAUGGAAGGCAUGUUUGAAGGUUAGGAGUGUACAAGGGAAGGGAUCAUUGUAGUAGGUGGGGGUUAUUUUAUCCAUAGUUGGUAUAAUUUAUUUAUAAAAGCAUUUACACAAAUAACCCGCACGUAGAAAAGAGGAGUUUACGAUGACGUUUCGGUCCAACUUGGACCGAAAUGUCAUUGUAAGCUUCUCUCUUCUAUGUCGGGUUAUUUGUGUAUCGUUCCAGUCACAGUAUUGUGCCUUGUUUUGUUAUUUAUAAAAGCAUUUUGCAUUCAGUCACUUUUUGUAACUUAUUUCUUGGCCAUUUAUUGGAACAAGUUAAAAAUUGGCCUUAAUUAAAAUGAUUGUUAACCAAAAAAUAUUUAUCUAAUAAAAUUUCUGGUAAUCCUUUUUUUGAGUUAUCUUUAAGCAGAUUAUAGCAUUCAUUGUUCAUAAUGUACAUAGUAUAAAAAUAAGGUAUUUUACUUAAGUCAAAUACAGCAUUUACAAGUACAUUAAUUAAUUAAUUAAUAAAAAGCCUUGAAAGAAAAAUUAUGCUCUUAUUUGUAAUAUGUGGUAAUUAUAAUUAGUAUGUUACAAAGUCUGCUUAUUUUAUGUACAAUAUAGUAUCUGCAAAGCAGUACUUAUAAGGAAUAAAUUUUAAGAUGUGCAAUAUUCAGUUCCUUUUAUAUAAUGGUAAUUUUUUUUUUAUACACUUGCCAUAUCCCACCAAGAUGGCCGGUGUUUUCUCACAUACAGUGCGUUCAUUAAUCCUUGCCAGCUUUAUGCUUUUUCAGACAUCUCUCAGUUUUCAGUUUCAUCAAAGUUUAUAUAUUUCUCUUCACUGCUCAUUCUUAUGAUAAUGUUUGUGCUGUGACACUUGUUGAAACUCAAGAAUGUCCAAAGGUGUGAUAGUUAAAGUACAGAGCCACAUUCCUUUAUCCAAAACCCUUGGGGCCAGUAGUGUUUCGAAUUUCGGAAUUUUUCAAAUUUCAGCAAAAACGUAUGAAUACUCACACUAAGUGGGGUAAAUAAAGACUACAAAUACUACUACAGUUUAUUUAUAGUAAUAUAUUGAUAUGAAAUAUUGGGAUAAUUAUAGACCAGGAACAUGAUUCUCAAGACGAUUGACAGACUGUGUUUUUAAAGACAACUUCAAGUGUCAUCUGUCUUAUUAAUAUAGGUUUCUGUCUAAGCAAUCUCUCUCAAACUAAGUAAAUAGCCAUAAUCUCUUGCUCACUCAUAAAUGCAUGUUGUUCAAGGCCAGCAAUUGAUUAUUUGUACUUAACAUCAUUUCAGCCAUUUCACCAUCACUCAAAGAAUGCACAACAGGUGCAUCAUUGUCAGUGUUCAGUAUUUCUUCGAUGUCAGCUUCCUGUAACUCCAUUAGCACACAAUCAAGAUCUUCGUUUUUUGCCCCAUGCAGUGUUUUCCUAUUUUUCAUUAGUUUUUGGUCAUAGCUGUCACUGUAAUACUUCGGUAACUUGUCUUUCCGUUUCUUUAAAUAAACAGUGGUAGUUCCUACACCAUAUUCUUCAGUAAGAGGCCACACUGACAUCACAAUCAAGCUUCUGCAGCAACUCUACUUUCUGUGUUAUUGAUAUCAGAUGCUUCCUUUUCUUUUUCUCACUGUUACCCAUAGGGGUAUCUGCAGCUUUUUUUGACAUUCAGAGAAAUUAAACACAGUCACAAAAUAAAAAGCAAAAACAAAAUAUCAGUGAACAGCAGUCACACGUGUGAACACUACAAGCACUGAGACAACUGGCGGCAUUGGAGUUGUGUAGAGAUGACUGACGCCCCACACUCCACAAAAAAACUUUGGUUUUCGGAACUUUUCGAAUUUCAGAAUUUCAGAUAAAGGAAUGUGGACCUGUAGUUUGAUAUUAUAUAUAAGCUUGUGCACUACUAAUUUUUAUACUUUUGGUUUUCUUUAAGGUUUUAUAGCAUAUACAUGACAAAUAAAUAAGAAUUACAAAUAGAACAAUACUAUUGAAUCCACAGGAACAUCAUUUUGGCACCAGUGAUAUAAACCUGUUGCAGUGUGUAUUGGAGUACAUUUAUGAUUGUAAAUCCUAAGAGUAAUAGGUAACAUAGUGCAAGCUUGGUUCAAUUGUUUUUUCACUCCACUUACUAUGUUAUAUGUCAUUACUAUGUUAUAUGUCACAUUGUAUUUUAACUAUCCUUAUGUCUGCUUUUUGUGAAAAAAUUCAACUUCCUUUAGAUUUCAUUUUCACUAUUGCAUACAAACCGAGAUAUUUGUAACUGUGAUUAGUGUAAGUAGCAGUGCAAUACAUGGGUACAAACUCAUUCUGUUGAUAGAAAAUACUAUACAUUUUGCAGUUAUAAACAAGAAAACCAGAGGCUCGCUUAUUUGGAAAAAUGGUCUAAGAGUUUACCUACAUUCUCCAUGGUACUGCAUGGUAAUGCUCGUAUGAAACUUCCUGAAGUAGGGCCAAGUAAGUGCUAUAGUCCUUGUUUGCCCAAAUACUGGAUCUUGUGUUUGUCCCCUUUGUAAUUCAAGUUUGCACCAGUAUUCAGGAAUUAGCCACCAAUUGAGUUUAUUGUUUGGCUAUUAAAAUGAGUGCAUAUUUACAUGAAUUUCAUGCUUUAGAUGUGGUGAUGUGCUUAUUAGCUGUUGUCUAAAAGAUUCUUCCAUAGAUGCACUUUAGGACAAAUGCUGUAUGACCCUUUUAGGUUCAUUGUUUAUUAUAAUAAUUAAGGACAAGUCAUAUUACCAGUUUCAAGGGUUAAACCCUUGCAACAAGAAUUCCCUAAUGACUGCUCUGUUCAACUGGUAACCCUCUGACUUACAUAGCCAUUGCAGCUUGCCUUAUUUGGCAUUUUUAGGGGAAAGACAGAUAGUAGUUUGCUCCACAUUGACUAUAGAGUGGAAAAGAUGAGUUUAACAUUCUAUAAUCAAAUCAAAUCAAAAGUUUAUUUCUUUGCAAAGGUUACAGUGUAUUUACAUUUCAUAAUUUGAUUGGUACAAAGAAAGCCACUUAUGCCGAGGCAUUUCGGGCAGACUUCACCUAGUACUUAAAGACUACUCAAGUCUAGACAGGUAAAGAGUGGAAGAUUAGAUAUUCAAUAUUUUACUCUAAAGUUUGUAAUAAUGGCUUAAUAGUUAAGGGAUAAUAAUAUAUUUGGGAGAGUCGCUUCAAAUUUGGUUAGAGAUUAGCAUAGUGUGGGUAUACUUGUUAUUGAGAGAGGAUUAACAACAUACAUUUGUGAAAAGUGCCAGGAGCAGGAGGCUAGUAACCCCUUCUGUAUAUAUUACUAAAUUUAAAAGGCGAAACUUUUUGUUUUUUCUUUUGGGCCACCCCACCUCAAUGGGAUACAGCUGGUACGUUGAAAGAUGAUGAUGAUUUGUUAAAAGUGACUUAUGAAUCACAUGACUAUUUACAAUAUAAAAAUAGGGUAUACAAAACAUUCCUGAGAACAUUGACUAUGGAAAUACUGUAGCUGACAAGUUCCAAUGUAUGUACUGUAUUUGGAAGCUAAAGUUAAAAGAUUGCUUGUAAGGUUUGUAAAUUGAUGAUAAUAGUUUCUGGGUCCCAUAAAGAAUUUUAGUAGAGGGGAGCUUCCACAGAUAAGACAGCAGCAAUGUCGACAAAGGUGAAAGAUAUGUAGAGCUGAAGUAACUGAAUUAGUACUUAGUUUUGAUUUAAAUAACGAAGUGACUGAAGUUCAAUCUAAUGAACUUUUAAAGAACUUAUUAAGAUUGUCUUUAUGGUUAAAUAUUAAUCUUCAUUAUACUUAAAAAAAAAAAUUGCACUAAAUGGUUAAAUGCAACCCAGGGUUAUAUAAUAAUAAAGUGCUAAACCCAAAAAGGUCAUACAGUGCUGGAGGGAGGGAUGUGCAUAGGGAAUGAGGGGCAGGAGUGUGCAAGGUUUGGGAUUAGUUGGAGUAGGGGAGAGUGCAAGAGUAAAAUCUACAAAGUUGGUGCAUAGGGUUAGUUUCUGUUUAAAGUCAGAAUGCCUGCAUCCCAGGGUUAUACAGUCCCUGAGGAAUGGGAAGUAAGAAUGUUCAUUCAAUGGAGAGGGUAGGUUGUAUUCCUUUGAUCAAGAGCCUCUUACCAAUAUGAAGAUGACACCCUUGAAAGCACAUCAGUAAGUAUAGAAAUAUGUGGUGUCCACACUGAAUCACUAAAUGAUCAUAUGCCUUAGUCUUAAACCUGUAACUGGUUCAAUUCAUAAUUAAGUCAAAGUUCUCUGGUGUCGUUUUGGUUUAGGAGGAAGAGUGAACUGGGUAGUCUUCUCAUACUUUGCCGUGCAAAAUAAACUUUUGAACGUAUUAGAAUUUGACCUUUCCUCCCUAUCCUAUAUGUCCAGUGUUCACAAGAAAAAUCUAACGAGUCUCUGACGAUUAAAUGAAACGUGGUGUUGGAUAUAUUUUUGAAGAAAUGCACAGUUCUAAGUGUAUAAUUAUAUUUCAAACUACUGUAUUGUACUUCAUAAACAAACGUGUUUCACCACAUUUAAUUAGCAAAAGAACAUAUGGUAAGUUUUAUAUAAAAAAUAUAUCAAAAGAUAUGUAUUAAUUUGUAAAUAAUGUUGCAUAUACUUGUUCAAAUUUUAGACCUGUUGGUAUUAGCACAUUAUUGAAACAGUUGUAAACAUGUAACAUGUUAUAACUAUUAAAAUCUGAUAAAUUUCAA